AGUGUGAAACCCGCUUUACAGCCGCGUCCCAGUUCCAAACCGGCAGUACGCGUUCCGCCACCGUCGAAAGCGGACCGCGCUCGCUGAUUGAACAACGAAAUCAAAAUUCGAACGGACAAAAAUUAAUUUCAUAUUCAAAAAAAAAAAAAAUUAACUUUUUUUUCUUUUUCAUUCAUUACAUACGGGUUGUUGUUUUUUUUUUGUUUUGUUGUUUUUCGUUUUAAUUCGUAACUGAAUGCCUUUUUGUUUUUUUUGUUUUUUUUUUUGUUUUGUGAUAGUACGUUAGUGAAAGUUCCGGAGGAAAGUGAAAGGCGCCGGUGUGUCCUACGCAGUCUCCGGAUAAAGAUUAAAAAAAAAAAACAAUUAACGAGGAAAGCGACUUUACCACCCACGAUAUGUCCGAACAAUAUAAAGUGAUACAGGAGCCAUGUCAACGGUGAGAAGUGUACGGACGGACAAAGAAAAAUUGAUAAAAAGUACAAAGAAUGAAUACGGUGCAAAUAAAUGUAAGAAGAGUUCAAAUCGGAAAACAAGAUGGCGUCGCACGAGACGGAACGCAAGAUGGCGGCUGAGCACAAAAUGGCUGAUACCUUUGAUCGUUUUAAAUGUUGGCGGGCAGAGCAACGCUGUUGAGAUUCUAACCAGCAGCGUCUUGGCCUCGAUCCUCGGGUACCCGUCGACUUGCAUCCUCGGUUCCGAGGUCAGACCUUGCACGUUGACUCUUACGUGCUGGCUCCGAGGCGGCACCGGGGUCCGGGGCUGUGGAAGCGGCUGGCUGUUCUCUUGCUGCGCAUCCGUCGAAGCACCUGGAACCAAUAAUAUCGACAACAGUAUACCGUCCUCGGAUUGGAAGUACAAAGUUUCCCCUCCGAAGCUCCGCCAAGUGCCUCAACGAAGCGUCGUACCAACAAAUGUCUUCAGAAGAAGAGUAGACGAUGACGCUACCCAGAUGGACUGUGGUCUACCUUCAUCAAGGAUACUACAGAAGAGGAUCAUAGGAGGACGCGAAGCGAGGUUUGCCGAGUUCCCGUGGCAGGCUCACGUCAGGAUAUCCGAAUUUCAAUGUGGAGGAGUUUUGGUGUCCCGUUGGUACGUGGCGACGGCGGCUCACUGCGUAUCGAGAGCGCGGCCGCGUGACAUCGUUGUAUGGCUCGGAGCACUCGACACCACGGCUGGCGACGAGACUGCACGGAAACUUGGGGUCGUUCGGAAGAUCCUCCAUCCUCUGUUUCAAUUCCGGAUAACCCAACCGGACCGCUACGACAUAGCUUUGCUAAAGCUCUCCCAGCCCGUCACGUACAUGUCGCAUAUCCUGCCCAUUUGCCUGCCUGAUCACGACCUGCAACUGAAAGGCAAGUCGGGAGUUAUCGCAGGAUGGGGAAAAACGGACACGAGUAAUGGCCACACCGGAACGAAUCUGUUAAGAUCUGCCACCGUGCCUAUACUGAGCAAAGAGCAGUGCAUCAGCUGGCACCAGAGCAAGCAGAUAUCAGUCGAGAUACAUUCAGAGAUGAUAUGCGCCGGGCAUUCUGAUGGACACCAAGACGCAUGUUUAGGUGACUCAGGCGGACCCCUCAUAGUCCUCGACAACGGAAGGUAUUACCUUGUGGGGAUCACUUCGGCGGGCUUCGGCUGCGGUGUGGACCAUCAGCCCGGCAUCUACCACAACGUCAAAGUGACAGCCAACUGGAUACGAGGAGUUAUAGCCUCCAUCAACUACAUUGACUUCUGAUUGGUGCGGCACCUACAGAAGUCCAACUUCUACUUCUGUUCUGUCGUGAAGCAAUCGUUCAUUGUGGCUUCAGGGUGGACACAAAAGAUGCUGAUAAGAUAUGACGCGUAAUUUCUUAUUGUGCACAAAUAUUGAUAUACACUCUUUGUAUACGAUCAGAACAUUCUCAUGUAUGCUCUUAAAUACAAGAUUUCUUUUUAUUAUUGUGAGAGCUAUUCAAUUAGACACUAAAUAGCUGGUCACUCUUCAAACUAGUCGCAUGAGUGAUUAGCGACAUAAAUAACUGGUGGUAGGACCUCUUGUGAGUCCGCACGGGUAGGUCCAACCGCCCUGCCUAUUUCUGCCGUGAAGCAGGAAUGCGUUUCGGUUUGAAGGGUGGGGCAGCCGUUGUAACUAUACUGAGACCUUAGAACUUAUAUCUCAAAGUGGGUGGCGCAUUUACGUUGGAGAUGUCUAUGGGCUCCAGUAACCACUUAACACCUUAGCCACUUAGCAGCGGCUUGGCUCUGCCCCUGGCAUUGCUGAAGUCCAUGGGCGACGGUAACCACUCACCAUCAGGUGGGCCGUAUGCUCGUCUGCCUACAAGGGCAAUAAAAAUAAAAAUAAAAACACCAGGUGGGCUGUAAGCUUAAAAAAAGUAAGAAAGAAGGAUGAAAAAGCUUACAGAUCGGCAACUCCAGUUACGGGAGUUCAUAGACAUCACAACGUAAAUACCACUGCUCAUAGGGGCUCAUAUUACGCGUUACCACCAGUAAAAUAUUUUUUUUCGGAAGUCAUUCCUGAACUUGAGUCAAGUACAAAUUUCAGUAGAAAUAAUUUAUACCUGCCUGCGGGAUUCGAACACUGACACGGUAGCAUCGACAUAAAUCACUGGACGCCUUAUCGUUUAGUCCACGGUGACUUUAGCGAUUGUUGAUAAUGUCAUUGACAUUGUCACUUAGCCUCUAUUAAAACAGCCCCUAAUCCAAUGCUUUCCUUGCCAUUUUGAUUGUAUAUUUUUGAAAUGAAACAUUUUGAUCUCCUCUUUAAAUUAUAUUACCCUAAUUUAUUAUUGUUAUCGAAAUAAUUUUAUUAUGAAGAAAACCUUUGUUUA